AUUAUUAGUUAACCUUCUCGAUUGAUCUUUGAAAGAUUCUUUCUUUUCGUUAUGUCUGUGACAUGACGAAUAAUUAGGGUAACCGUUAAUAGCGAUACACUGCGUUGACGUAAAAUUAAUGCGACACACGACAAUUAAUUAAAUAACGAAUAUCAACACAGUUUAUGUGAUACCGGCACGAAUUAUAUUAGAAAAAUGUCAAUGUUACGUGCCGUGAUGUUCAAGUGUCACAAUAAUCAUCCUUCGGUGAUUUCACGGUAUCCCUUUCAGAGAUACGUCCUACAAGAAAAAGGGCGAGACGCCUGGGCGGUAGCGAAACGUGAAUUUACCAAGAGUACUCGAAGGUUUGCCAAAGAAAGUGCGAAUGACUCGAAGCUCUCCUCGUACGUUCUUAAAUUCGGUGGACUCGGGAUAACGGCAACCUGCAUCUGGAAAUUCCGCAAUCCAGUUGUGCUGUGCAGGGAGGCUACGAGAAUAAGCGACAUAAAGCCUGACAAAGUCGUCGAAGCGACUCUCCCUUUCGAAUGGAAGACAUUUUUCAAAUACUUGUACCCACAUAUUUGGUAUUUAUUAUUAGCAUUGUCAAGCGCGAUGAUAGUCGCACUGUUAAACAUUCGGAUACCGCAGUGUGUCGGGAGCGUGAUCAAUGUACUGACUGAGGAAAUUUUUCAAAACAAAAGCGAUUCCAUGAAAAAGCUGAUCGUGCAGCUGGCUCGGCCGGCUUUCGUCCUGGUGCGAAUGUACAUCGCGCAAGCAUUCUUCACCUUCGUAUACAUCUUCACGCUUUCAUAUGUCGGUGAAAGAGUGGCGGUGCACCUGCGCCAGGACCUGUUCAAGUCGAUCAUCAUGCAGGACAUAGCGUUCUUUGACAAAACUCGUUCUGGUGAAAUAGUAAGUCGACUGACCAGCGAUAUCCAAGAUUUCAAAAGCUCAUUUAAGACCUGCAUGUCCCAAGGCCUGCGGAGCCUCACGCAAAUUAUCGGUUGUUUUGUCUCUGUGAUAGUGAUAUCACCGCAAUUGACUGCAAUUGUCGUGUUCAGUUUACCACCGAUUAUUCUUGUCGGUACCCUUCUGGGGACGAAUCUGCGCAGGCUGUCGAUGGCGGCGCAGAAUCAAGUCGCGAAGGCGACCGCCGUCUGCGAGGAGGCCAUACAAAACGUUCGAACGGUAAGAGCUUUCGCCACGGAGGAGAAGGAGAUCGAGAUGUUUUACGAGGAGGUCGAACGCUCUUCCGAGCUGUACGAGAGAUUGGGUUUCGGCAUCGGCAUCUUCCAGGCAGGGACGAACCUGCUGCUCAACGGCAUCCUGCUCUCCACGCUGUACUACGGCGGGCAGCUGCUCUCCCUGGGACAGCUGUCGCCGGGCAAUCUCAUGGCGUUUCUCAUCGCCACGCAAACCAUACAGAAGUCCCUGGGCAACCUGUCGGUGCUCUUCGGGAUCUUCGUCAGGGGACAAAGCGCGGGCGCCAGAGUCUUCCAGUAUCUGAAUUUGCCGCCCUCGCCGAUGAUGACCGGCGGUGACGUAAUCACGGACGUGUCCCUGGCGGGGAACAUAGUUUUCGAGGAUGUGAGGUUCAGCUAUCCUACUAGGCCGGAUCACGUCAUUCUGAAGAAUUUCAACCUACACGUUCCCGCUGGAAGCACGGUGGCUAUCGUCGGCACGAGCGGCAACGGCAAGUCGACGGUGGCCGCGCUGCUGGAAAGGUUUUACGACGUCGACGAAGGCUCGAUCACCAUCGACGGCCGCGACAUCAGAUCGCUCAACUCGAGCUACCUGAGGGGCCGCGUUCUGGGCUACAUCAAUCAAGAACCCACGUUAUUCGCCACCAGCAUCAUGGAGAACAUUCGGUACGGCCGACAGGACGCAACGGAUGGAGAGGUGAUCGAGGCGGCUAAAGAGGCGAACGCUCACGAGUUCAUAACGAAGUUCCCGGACGGUUACGAAACGGAGGUCGGCGAGAGGGGCACGCAACUCUCCGGUGGGCAGAAACAACGGGUUGCCAUCGCCAGAGCUCUGCUGAAGCAGCCGUCCGUUUUAAUCCUCGACGAAGCGACGAGCGCGUUGGACUACGAGAGCGAGAGGGUCGUUCAAAAGGCAAUCGAGAAUGCGACGCGGGGCAGGACGGUGCUCGUGAUCGCUCACCGGUUGAGCACUAUCAAAGACGCUGACGUGAUUGUCGUUUUGCGGCGCGGCGUCAUCGUCGAGAUGGGCACGCAUUUCGAUUUGAUCAAACGGAAAGGCGUGUACUACACGCUCGUUAACGAGCAGGAGAAAGAGAACGUGUAACGACAGCGUCACUUAGGACAUGAAAUUUCUAUCGGUGCGAGGAAUCAAUCGGAAAGGAGUGUAAUCGGUAAUAGUUUUGUUACUUUUACUUGUUUUCUUUUUCUCUGUAUUAGAUGAAAUCUUUUCUGUGUGUAUGUAUACCUGCCAGUAUACAUGCAGGAUGAUGUCACGUGAAUUCCUCGUAAUUACAGAAACAGGGAACAAACGUAGCGAACAUUUUUAAAUAAAUUAUUUUUUCAUG